UCGGCGGCGGGUGGCGGCGCCUGGAACCUGGAGACCGAUCCACCCCCCCCGCCGCGGAAUGUACUGACUCCCCCCUCUCUGCUCUCCUUCUCUCCCCGCCCCCCUGCAGGAGGGAGGCGCCCCCGAGUCUCCCCUCCCGCGAGAGGGGCAGCGCGGGCCGGGCCGGGCCGGGCCGGAGCAGUGGCAGCGGCGGCCGCGGGAGUCGAGCCUGCAGCAAGGGACCGGCUGAGGCGCGCGGGAGGGAAGGAGGCGAGGGCUCCGCGGCGCUGUCGCUGCCGCCGCUCACUCUCGGGGAAGAGAUGGCGGCGGAGCGGGGCGCCCGGCGACUUCUCAGCACCUCCUCCUUCUGGCUCUACUGCCUGCUGCUGCUCGGGCGCCGGGCGCCGGGCGCUGCGGCUGCUGCGGCCGCCAGGAGCGGCUCCCCGCUGCAGUCCCCAGGAAACAGCAUCCGAACAUUCACUCCAUUUUAUUUUCUGGUGGAGCCAGUCGAUACGCUCUCAGUUAGAGGCUCUUCUGUUAUAUUAAACUGUUCAGCAUAUUCUGAGCCUUCUCCAAAAAUUGAAUGGAAAAAAGAUGGAACUUUUUUAAACUUAGUAUCAGAUGAUCGACGUCAGCUUCUCCCAGAUGGGUCUUUAUGUAUUAGCAGUGUUGUGCAUUCCAAACAUAAUAAACCCGAUGAAGGUUAUUAUCAGUGUGUGGCCACUGUGGAGAGCCUUGGAACUAUUGUCAGCCGAACAGCCAAGCUCACAGUAGCAGGUCUUCCAAGAUUUAUCAGCCAACCAGAACCUUCCUCAGUUUAUGCUGGGAAUAGUGCAAUUCUGAAUUGUGAAGUUAAUGCGGAUUUGGUCCCAUUUGUGAGGUGGGAACAGAACAGACAGCCCCUUCUUCUGGAUGAUAGAAUUGUCAAACUUCCAAGUGGAACCCUGGUUAUCAGCAACGUGACCGAAGGAGAUGGGGGACUUUAUCGCUGCGUAAUUGAAAGUGGUGGGCCACCAAAGUAUAGUGAUGAAGCUGAAUUGAAGGUUCUUCAAGAUCCCAAGGAGCCUUCCAACUUAGUGUUUUUGAAGCAGCCUUCUUCCUUAGUGAGAGUGGUGGGUCAGAGCACCGUGCUGCCCUGUGUGGCCGCCGGACUUCCCGCCCCAGCCAUUAGAUGGGUGAAAAACGAGGAGGCGCUUGACACGGAGAGCUCUGAAAGAUUAGUAUUGCUGGCAGGUGGUAACCUGGAGAUCAGUGAUGUCACUGAGGAUGAUGCUGGUACUUAUUUUUGUAUAGCUGAAAAUCAAAAUGAGACAAUUGAAGCUCAAGCUGAGCUGAUAGUGCAAGCCCCACCUGAAUUCCUGAAGCAACCUGUUAAUAUAUAUGCUCAUGAAUCUAUGGAUAUUAUAUUUGAAUGUGAAGUGACUGGAAAACCAACUCCAACUGUGAAGUGGGUCAAGAAUGGGGAUAUGGUUAUCCCAAGUGAUUACUUUAAGAUUGUAAAGGAACAUAAUCUUCAAGUUUUGGGUCUGGUGAAAUCAGAUGAAGGGUUCUAUCAGUGCAUUGCUGAGAAUGAUGUUGGAAAUGCACAAGCUGGAGCCCAGUUGAUAAUCCUUGAACAUGAUGUUGCCAUCCCAACAUUACCUCCCACUUCACUGACCAGUGCCACUACUGACCAUCUAGCACCAGCCACAACGGGACCAUUGCCUUCAGCUCCUCGGGAUGUGGUGGCCUCCCUGGUCUCUACUCGCUUCAUCAAAUUGACGUGGCGGACACCUGCAUCAGACCCUCAUGGAGACAACCUUACCUACUCUGUGCUCUACACCAAGGAAGGAAUUGCCAGGGAACGUGUUGAGAAUACCACUCGCCCAGGAGAAAUGCAAGUAACCAUUCAAAACCUGAUGCCAGCGACUGUGUAUAUCUUUAGAGUUAUGGCUCAAAAUAAGCAUGGCUCAGGAGAGAGUUCAGCUCCACUGCGAGUAGAAACACAGCCUGAGGUUCAGCUCCCUGGCCCAGCACCUAAUAUUCAAGCAUAUGCAACUUCACCUACUUCAGUCACUGUCACAUGGGAAACGCCAUUGUCUGGCAAUGGAGAAAUUCAAAAUUACAAAUUGUACUACAUGGAAAAGGGGACUGAUAAAGAACAGGAUGUUGAUGUUUCAAGUCACUCCUAUACCAUUAAUGGGUUGAAAAAGUAUACAGAGUAUAGUUUCCGAGUGGUGGCCUACAAUAAGCACGGUCCUGGCGUCUCCACACAAGAUGUUGCUGUUCAGACAUUGUCAGAUGUUCCCAGUGCUGCUCCUCAGAAUCUGUCCUUAGAAGUGAGAAAUUCAAAGAGCAUUAUGAUUCACUGGCAGCCACCUCCUCCAGCCACACAAAAUGGUCAGAUAACCAGCUACAAGAUACGCUACAGAAAGGCCUCCCGGAAGAGCGAUAUCUUUGAGACCUUGGUAACAGGGGCACAGCUGUCUCAGCUGGUUGAAGGUCUCGAUCGCGGGACUGAAUAUAAUUUCCGAGUGGCUGCUCUAACAAUCAACGGCACAGGCCCGGCAACUGACUGGCUGUCUGCUGAAACUUUCGAAAGUGACUUAGAUGAAACUCGUGUUCCUGAUGUGCCUAGCUCUCUUCACGUCCGCCCGCUUGUCACUAGCAUCGUAGUAAGCUGGACUCCUCCAGAGAAUCAAAACAUCGUUGUCAGAGGUUAUGCCAUUGGUUACGGCAUUGGCAGCCCUCAUGCCCAGACCAUCAAAGUGGACUAUAAACAGCGCUAUUAUACCAUCGAAAAUCUGGAUCCCAGCUCUCACUAUGUGAUAACCCUGAAAGCGUUUAACAACGUGGGUGAAGGCAUCCCCCUGUACGAGAGUGCAGUGACCAGGCCUCACACAGACACUUCUGAAGUUGAUUUAUUUGUUAUUAAUGCUCCAUACACUCCAGUGCCAGAUCCCACUCCCAUGAUGCCACCAGUGGGAGUUCAGGCUUCCAUUCUGAGUCACGACACCAUACGGAUUACGUGGGCGGACAACUCCCUGCCCAAACACCAGAAGAUUACAGACUCCCGGUACUACACAGUCCGAUGGAAAACCAACAUCCCAGCAAACACCAAGUACAAGAAUGCAAAUGCAACAACUCUGAGUUAUUUGGUGACUGGUCUAAAACCAAAUACGCUCUAUGAAUUCUCUGUAAUGGUGACCAAAGGUCGAAGGUCAAGCACCUGGAGUAUGACAGCUCAUGGGACCACCUUUGAAUUAGUUCCUACUUCUCCACCCAAGGAUGUGACAGUUGUGAGUAAAGAGGGAAAGCCUAGGACCAUAAUUGUGAAUUGGCAGCCUCCCUCAGAAGCCAACGGCAAAAUCACAGGUUACAUCAUAUAUUACAGCACAGAUGUGAAUGCGGAGAUACAUGACUGGGUUAUUGAGCCUGUUGUGGGGAACAGGCUGACUCACCAGAUACAAGAGCUAACACUUGACACACCGUACUACUUCAAAAUCCAAGCCCGGAACUCCAAGGGCAUGGGACCCAUGUCUGAAGCUGUCCAAUUCAGAACACCUAAAGCGGAUUCCUCUGAUAAAAUGCCUAAUGAUCAAGCCUCGGGGUCAGCAGGAAAAGGAAGCCGGCUACCAGACCUAGGACCUGACUACAAACCUCCAAUGAGUGGCAGCAAUAGCCCUCAUGGCAGCCCCACGUCUCCCCUGGACAGUAACAUGCUGUUGGUCAUCAUUGUUUCUGUUGGCGUCAUCACCAUCGUGGUGGUCGUGAUCAUUGCUGUGCUUUGCACCCGGCGUACCACUUCUCACCAAAAAAAGAAACGAGCAGCCUGCAAGUCCGUGAAUGGCUCUCACAAGUACAAAGGCAAUUCCAAAGAUGUCAAACCCCCAGAUCUCUGGAUUCAUCAUGAGAGACUGGAGCUGAAACCAAUUGAUAAGUCUCCAGAUCCAAACCCCAUCAUGACCGAUACUCCCAUUCCUCGCAACUCUCAAGAUAUCACCCCAGUUGACAAUUCCAUGGACAGCAACAUCCAUCAAAGGCGAAACUCAUACAGAGGGUAUGAAUCAGAGGACAGCAUGUCUACGCUGGCUGGAAGGCGAGGAAUGAGACCAAAAAUGAUGAUGCCCUUUGACUCCCAGCCGCCCCAGCCUGUGAUUAGUGCCCAUCCCAUCCAUUCCCUCGAUAACCCUCACCAUCAUUUCCACUCCAGCAGCCUCGCUUCUCCAGCUCGCAGUCAUCUCUACCACCCGGGCAGCCCUUGGCCCAUUGGCACAUCCAUGUCCCUUUCAGACAGGGCCAAUUCCACAGAAUCGGUUCGAAAUACCCCCAGCACUGACACCAUGCCAGCCUCCUCCUCGCAGACGUGCUGUACUGAUCAUCAGGAUCCCGAAGGUGCUACCAGCUCCUCUUACUUGGCCAGCUCCCAAGAGGAAGAUUCAGGCCAGAGCCUCCCCACAGCCCACGUUCGCCCUUCCCACCCAUUGAAGAGCUUCGCUGUGCCAGCAAUCCCACCUCCGGGACCUCCCACCUAUGACCCUGCAUUGCCAAGCACACCGUUACUAUCCCAGCAAGCUCUGAACCAUCACAUUCACUCAGUGAAGACAGCUUCCAUCGGGACUUUAGGAAGGAGCCGGCCUCCUAUGCCAGUGGUUGUUCCCAGUGCCCCUGAAGUGCAGGAGACCACACGGAUGCUGGAAGACUCCGAAAGUAGCUAUGAACCAGAUGAGCUGACCAAAGAGAUGGCCCACCUGGAAGGACUAAUGAAGGACCUAAAUGCCAUCACGACAGCAUGACGACCUUCACCAGGACAUGACUCCCAACCAGAGUCUAGAAGUCUUGGGACUUAGCCUUGAAAACAAGGAGUUGUACAUUGUACGAGAGGACAGCACUUGAGGACACAGAGUGAGCCAGCGGACCAGCCAGCGCCUCCAUGUGGGGCUGGCCCCAGGCAUGGCCACCUGCCUUCUUCCAGUCAGCCUGGAAGAAGCCUGCAUUGAGGCAGCUUCCCUUUGCCUGCUGAGACCCUACAGGACUGGGCACCAUGGGCCAAAAUUUGUGUCCCAGGAAGAAGCAAGAAGUACAACCUGCGCUUCACUCUGGUCAGACCAUGUCUUCGUGCUGUGACUGCAUCACCUUUAUGGAGUGUAGACAUUGGCAUUUAUGUACAAUUUUAUUUGUGUCUUAUUUUAUUUUACCUUCACAAACAAAAACACUAUCAAAAACUAAGGAAGUCCAUGGUGUUCUCCACAAGUGGUUGACAUCUGACUGCUUGUUCCGAUUAUGUAAGGAAAGUCAUUGACGGUGUGGGUUGUUCCAGGGGUUGACUUUUAUGGUUUUGUUUUUAUUUUUUAAUUCUGAGUCGUUGCAUCCUCUACCAACUAUUAGUCCAUCACUUUGAGGGGGAGGAAUAUUGCAUUGCUGUUUGUAAGGGUUUUUUUUUAUUUUUUUUAUUAUAAUUAUUAAAGGCCUGACUCUCCUCUCAUCACUGUGAGAUUACAGAUCUAUUUGAAUUGAAUGAAAUGUAACAUUGGAAAGACUUGUUUAUGACUUUCUGUGCAGUUUCACUGUUGGGGUGGGGGGUUGGGGGUUGGGAAUAGGAAAUGGAGGGGCUGCAGAGGUCCUGUGAAUGUUUCGGUCAUUGUACUUUCUUCCAGAAGCCUGCAGAAAUAUGGAAGCGUCUUCUUUCUUGUCCUUUCCUGGCAUGUCCAUCUUUAUUGUCACUGUGUUGCAACUGGAGUUUCAUUUAAAUCUGGUUAAAAAAUUCUGUGCAAUAGUUGGGUUCGAGGAUUUAGCUGCCCUGAUGUCUUGGCCACAGCCUGGGGAGGACAUCCCUGCUAGGACCCAGAGGCUAUGUCCCUGGAGAUGAGAAAGCAGUGAGUGCAGACACUCUCCUGCUGCUAUUGUGGGCUCCCUCUGGGGAAGCUGGAGUUUAAGGAAGGAACUUGGUUCCAUAACUCCUGCUUCUCUCUAGUUCCAUCCUCCAGUGCUCACGUCCACUGUUCAUAGCUCUAUCAGAAAGAGUGUCAGCAAGGAUGAGGCAGGCAGAGCAGCAGCACCCACAAGGCUGCCGCACAUCUUUCUAAACAGUAUUCCUUAAGUAGCAGGGGACAGAGACAGCAGAGAGGGAUGGGGGCAGUGUGCCUCUCUCCGUCCAGCAGUCAGCUAAGCCCUGAUCAGGAUGAGGCGGUGGGAGGUUUCUGAGGUUUACUGAGCAGCUCAGCCACACGUGGAAGCCUUUGCCUUUGCAGAUAGUUCUGAGUUAGUUCUGAGUUAUAUUUCUUAAAAAGACAAGGAACUGAGACGUGUUUUUUUUUAAAUAUUAAGAAUAUAUAAUAGAAAAUACAGGAUAGACCCUCAGGCAUCUUCCCCUACUCCCCAGCAAAUCCCCAGAAGACAGUGUGGAAGGCAGUGUAGACAGUAAGUCAGGCUUCAGUUCUAUAGCCAAGCAGAGAUCAGCCUGUAAGACCACCAGUGGGUACCCCAGCCCACCUGCCCAGGUCCUGCACACUGCCUGGGCCCUGCAGGUACCUCACCCUGCAGGUACCCCACCUGCCUUCAAAUAUGGGUUAUUCCCCUUUUUUACGUCUUAUCACACAUUUGCUUUUCUACAAGAUGAGCUCUUUGUAGAAAGAGCUCUUUUCUUUUUGGGGUUAAUGAAAAGCGCAAUGCCUGAACUCCUGCUAUCAUGCAAGCUGGUCACAGGGUGGUGCCAGGUGGGAUUCUGGAAAACCAGUGUACUUAAACUGAUCCUGAAAAGAGCAGUCAGAGCACUCUGACCACCAGGAGGGCUAGAUUCCCCAGAAACUGUCUUACCUUUUGCCCAAAGAACAUGCUCUAUUUUGGGCAUUCCCUCCCGUGAACCCUGACACCUGUUACCUCAGGGCCUUGGUACCUGGAUACUGCCACAGAAUUGGGGGAGGGGCCUAUUUUUAAAUAAAAUAACUCGUCCAAGUUGGGGAUUUUUUUAAAUUAAGAAAAAAGAAUGCUAUUCUGUAUUGCACCUUUUCACAAUUUAAUACAUUUUCUUGUGAUUUUGGAAACUAAAUCAUUGUGUGUCUUGUGUCCUAGUGGAGCUGCUGCUCAGCAGCCUCCUUCAGGAGGAUUUGGAACAAAGGGGUCUGCUGCUUUGCUGCCUGCUGGAGGGCCUGGAGGACUGCUGGAACUGGUGUCUGUACACACUUGUUUGGCCUUUUCUGUAGUUGAUGCUGUAAACUAUAUGGCUUUUUAAAAACAAUUUCAUGUUUUUAUUUAGUAUUGGAAAGCCAAUACACUUUUUUAAUCCAAUCAAA